GCCCCACCGGUAUCCGUGGACACACACACACGCACACGGUCGCCGCAGCACCUACACCGCCACCACCACCACCUCCUGUCCCCUGGGCGUGCGAGAGGCCUUCGCCACCUGCUCUUCAGCUGCUGCUCGCUCUCCUGCGGCUUGGUAAUUGCCAGGGUGUUUCUUUGGAACGCACAACUACAUUUGAGAGAAACUAAGGCAACCUGCACUUCCUCAAGCAGAGCAACCUGCACCUCCUCAAGCAGAGCUUCUUUUGGAUUUUACUCUUUCUUACUUAACGUAUUUCUUUUUUUUUUAAGCGAUGGAUUCAAAACCCUGGAAAGAAAUUGUGGUGGACCUCGUGUACUGGCGUGACACCCAGAGGUCGGGGGUGGUGUUUGGGGCGAGUCUGUUCCUGCUGCUGUCGUUGUCGGUGUGCAGCAUCGUCAGCGUGUGCGCCUACAUAGCCCUGGCCCUGCUCUCCGUCACCAUCUCCUUCCGCAUCUACAAGGGCAUCCUGCAGGCUGUGCAGAAGUCUGAGGAGGGACAUCCCUUCAAGUGAGUU